AUGGGUAUUGCCGAGCGUAUCGCUGAGAUCGAGGCCGAGAUGGCCCGGACUCAGAAGAACAAGGCUACCGAGGGCCACAUUGGUCUGCUGAAGGCCCGCCUGGCGCGCCUGCGCCUGCAGCUCCUCGAGCCGCCCAAGUCCUCUGGCAAGGGCGAGGGCUUCGACGUGAUGAAGUCCGGUGAUGCGCGUGUGGCCAUGAUCGGCUUCCCAUCGGUCGGUAAGUCCACUCUGCUGGGCAAGGUGACUCCCACCCAGUCGGCCGCCGCGGCGUACGAGUUCACCACCCUCACCUGUAUCCCGGGUAAGAUCAAGUACGACGGUGCGGACAUCCAGCUGCUCGAUCUUCCUGGUAUCAUCGAGGGCGCCGCCCAAGGCCGCGGUCGUGGUCGCCAGGUGAUCGCCGUUGCCCGGACAGCGGACAUGGUGCUGAUGGUGCUGGAUGCCACCAAGGCCGACGUUCAGCGUGCCAAGCUUGAGGCCGAGCUGGAGGCCGUCGGCAUCCGCCUGAAUCGCCAGCCCCCCAACGUUUACUUCAAGCCCAAGCAGGGUGGUGGUAUUUCCUUCACCGCCACUCUCCGGCUCACGCACCUGAAUGCGCGCAUGGCCCAGCUCAUCCUUCAUGAGUACAAAAUCUUCAACGCCGAGAUCAUCGUGCGUGAGGAUGUCACCCCUGAUGAGUUCAUCGAUGCGAUUGUCGGCCAGCGCAAGUACCUCAAGUGCCUGUAUUGCUUCAACAAGAUCGACCAGAUCAGCAUCGAGGAGGUUGACCGUCUGGCGCGCCAGCCGAACUCCGUCGUUGUCAGCUGCGACCAGGGCUUCAACAUGGACUACCUUGUCGAGCGCAUUUGGAAGACCCUCGAUCUGUCGCGCAUCUACACCAAGCGCCGCUCCGAGGCCCCUGACCUGUCGGAAGCGGUCAUCGUUCGUCGCGGUGCCACCAUCGAGCACGUUUGCCACCGCAUUCACCGGUCGCUGGCCGAGCAGUUCAACUAUGCCAUGAUUUGGGGCACCUCCGCCAAGCAUACCCCACAGAUUGUCGGUCUCAACCAUGUUGUCGAGGACGAGGACGUUGUCAUGAUCGUCAAGAAGGCGGCCGUUGGCGGCUGACGGGCUCCGCCUCGUCGAUGCCUCUACAUGGGCGCACGCCCGCCGGGAAGGGAAAAAAGACAAAAAGACAAAAAAACACAUCAGCGCGCUCGGUCCCCGGCUGUCUGGCUCCCGGUGUGCGGCCGUGCACCCUCUGCGAAAUUGCCCCAUGGGCCUAAUGGAAACAAUGAUAUCCCUUUGGACGA